AUGCGCAUGCGGACAUUCGACUGCAUUGAGGCUCCGCUGUCGCGAUUAUUCUACCGCUACGGUCGUUACGUUGCGCAGCAUCCGCUUCCGUUCAUUACUAUACCGAUCCUGGUGACCGCUUUCUGCUCCAUCAAUCUGCUUCACAUUCGACCAGUCACCGAUGCCAUCUAUCUGUUCACGCCGCGUAAUGCACGUAGCAAAUUUGAACGUCAGGUUAUUCACGAUUUAUGGCCACUUCAUUAUCACAAUUAUGUACCUGGACGAGCAGUGACACAGUUCAGGGAGAUACAGGUCAGUACCACACUGUUAUUU